AUAAAAUACAAUCUUUAAAUGAAAUACACUCAUUAUUGUGAUUGAAAUGAUUGUGUGUCAGGUGUUGCCGUGAGGAGCUGUAUAACUUAGAGAUAAGUAACUUGCUUCACAAAUUUGGGUGAAGGCUCUUAUUUCUGCUCAAUCUUUGCAUUUCUAGCUUCUGUAAUUGAAGCCACCAUUGAUGGGGAAUCCUCAUGUCGCCAUUUUCCCGCUGAGCGGAGCAAUGGGUCAUUUGCUUCCAUUAGUUGAAUUUGUAAAGCGGCUGUGCACUCAUCAUGGCUUCUCCAUAACUCUCAUCAUCAGCAAGUGGAUGUGGACUUCUCAGCAACCCGCAGUGCUUGAACGAUUGGCCUCUUCCGCUCUGGAUAUCCGCUUUACAGAGAUACCUGAUGUCACUGUCGAUGAAGACGAGGAAGAGAUGAAAAUUGAAACUCGCAUAUCAAAGUUCGUGCUGAAAGCGAAGCCAUACAUUGAAGAGGCUCUCCAAUCCUUGCUUUCGUCUAUGCCCAUCUCUGCCUUCGUUACAGACUUCUUCUGUACUGACCUGCUCGACGUUGGCGCCAAGCUGAACUUGCAAACUUAUUUAUUCUUUUCGGCCUCGGCUUCUGGUCUUUGCUUCGCGAUGCAUAUCCCAACACUCGUCUCAAACAUUGAGAUGUCGUGUACAGGCCCCGAUUUUGAAGUGGAGGUACCGGGGCUCCCGCCGAUUCCUGCUAGGAAUCUGCCCAUUGCCAUUCAAGACAAGUCGAAUUCCGCGUGUAAAUGGAUAGUCCACCAUUCUUCCCGGCUGAAGGAAGCAUCAGGGAUUCUCGUUAACACCUUUGCUGAGCUGGAGGAGGAAGCCAUCAAAGUCCUCAGCUCGCCUGCAACGCCUCCGAUCUAUCCAAUAGGUCCCUUGUUGCUCCCAGAAUCUGAUACUCCUGACGAAUCCGGGUGCCUCAAAUGGUUGGACGAGCAGCUUCCCUCGUCUGUUCUGUUUGUGUCCUUCGGAAGCGCAGGCGUUUUGUCGAGGGAGCAAAAUACAGAUCUGGCACUUGGGCUCGAAGCUAGCGGCCACCGGUUCCUGUGGGUUCUGCGAGGCUACAAAUCAGGGGACUCUUCUUCUCUGGAAACUAACAUUUCUCAGCUUUUACCAGAGGGUUUUGAGAGUCGAACCUGGGACCGUGGGCUGGUGCUUCUCAAUUGGGCCCCUCAAGUACCGAUUCUUUCUCAUCCCUGUACCGGAGGCUUCCUUUCUCAUUGCGGGUGGAAUUCUACGUUGGAGAGCGUCUGUCAUGGAGUCCCAAUGAUCGCUUGGCCUCUGUAUGCUGAACAGGGGAUGAAUAAGGUCAUACUGGUGAAGCAGCUUAAGAUAGCCAUAGAUUUGAAGAUAGACAAGAAGGGAUUUGUGAAGAGAGAAGAAGUGGAGAGAGCGGUGAGGGAAUUGAUGGAAGGAGCAGAGGGAAGAAUGGCGAGGAACAAAAUGAAGGAAUUGAAGGAGCAGGCUAAGAUGGCAGUCAUGGAAGGAGGGACUACAAUCAAGGCCACAGCCCGUGUAGCCGCAGAUUUAUCAGCCUCAACUUUAAAUGUUAAAGAAUGAUAUAUAUAUUUUAGCUGGUUAAUCGCUACAAGUUGGGAUUCAUUAAGCAUUCUUUCUGGUCUUGUAGACAUGCUCAACAAAUUUGGCAAAAAGUUCAGUCUUCUAUUCUUAAUUAUUUAACAGAAAAUUAAAUUGGAAACUAGAUUUGUUAGGGCUGCAUUGCUUUCUGAAUAUUGUUUCAGAAUCUCAUGGUCAAUGUAUUUUGUUAUAUAUUUGAUUGCUUUGUUGUAAAGCUAUUUUCUCUCAUGUUUUCCCUCCCACAGAAGUAAUUAUGCAUGGUCUCUUCUCCAAUAUUAUUUUGCAGCAGUCCUCUCUUGCUACAGCAUUGAAAAAUUAUGAACAACAUUUUGGAGAAGCAUGUGCUUGACAUUCUUAGAAAAAAAUGAUCAGCUUUAUUGUAAUUUGCAGCCUGUUUUUAAUAAUACUCAAGUUAUAAAGUUAUUUGGCAA